AUGCAACGGCGGCUUGUGCAGCUGCUAAGACCUCUCGCCAAGCGCACGUCAGCAACAUGGCAUCCGAUCAGUCAGCUUCAGCACAGUCAGCUGCGCCGCAUCGACAGGAAAGAAAUUCGUCGUCGCAAAGAGGCUCAGGUUCGAAAUCUUUUCGCGGAGGACGAGGCAAUCAACGUGGAGGACGUGGUAGGGGAGAUCAUAAGGGCAAGAAACGAGAUAUGGGACGGUCGGAGUGGAGAUAAGCGCACCGCGAACACCGAUACACAAGAGAAAGAGGCCAAACGUCAGAAACUAAACAAUGGCGAAGCGGCACCUCUACCAGUCUACGCAACCAAAUUCGACGAAGCGGAGCUUGCAGCUGAGGAACGAAGGCCGAAGAAGAAGGUUGCAGUUAUGCUUGGGUAUUCUGGAACCGGCUACAAGGGCAUGCAGCUUGCGCCUGACCAGAAGACCAUUGAGGGAGACCUAUUCAAAGCUUUCGUUGAAGCAGGAGCAAUUAGCAAGGCGAAUGCUGACGAUCCGAAGAAGAGCAGCUUCGUGCGAUGUGCAAGAACGGACAAGGGAGUACAUGCUGCGGGCAACAUCAUAUCCCUGAAGCUCAUCGUCGAGGAUGAGAACAUUGUCAACAAAAUCAAUGAGCAUCUGACCCCUCAGAUACGGGUCUGGGGAUUCGAGCGGACCAACAAUAGUUUCAGCGCGUACCAGCUCGUCGACAGUCGUAUUUAUGAGUAUUUAAUACCGACACACACCCUUCUACCACCACAUCCGCGAAGUUUUCUAGGGCGGAAAUGCAGAGACUGGGCAGAGCGGAAGGGCGAACUUGAAGCUUGGGAGCAGAGACAAGCAGAGGUUCGAGGUUAUUGGGACCAGGUGGACGAGGAGAUGGUCAGACCGAUAUUGCAGGACUAUCCUGAUGACAUACGGAGUGUACUGGAGAAGGCUUUGUGGUUGACAGCCGAGCAGGAAGCUAACAGGCAUGGUGAUGAUGGCUCCGCGAGACCUUCUAAGAAGCCAAAAACAGUGCAAACUGCGCCAGAUUCGGAGGACGCUGCUUUGGACAAGGCUGGGGAGACUACGGAUGCAAUCACACACUCGACAGCACAAGAGGUGGAGCAAUCCGCGAAGGAGGUAUCUCAAGAGCAGCCGUCGGCCGAGCCUCAGUCCAAUGGUGGCACUCAGGAGCAGGUACUGGUAGACAAACCCUCAAACACUGAAGAAGCUGCAAUAAAGACUGAGCAGCCAGCACAAGACAUGGAACCAGAGAAAUCUCUUCAACCUCAGUUGCAACCCUCCGAACCGCAGCCAGAGCUUACCAAGGAACAACGUAUAGCAAAAGAGCAAAGAGUAGCACGUCGCAAACUCAUCGACGAUGGCGUCAAACGACUACGAGCCGCCUACGUUACAGCAAAGCGCAAAUAUCGAGUCCCAGAUCAACGCAAGCAGCGUCUCCAAGACGUACUCAACCUCUAUCUCGGCACCCGCAAUUUCUGGAACUACACCAUCAACAAACCUUUCCGAGAUCCCUCAGCCAAGAGAGUGAUCAGGAGCUUCAACGUGAAUUUCGAGCCUAUUCUCAUCGACGGAACAGAAUGGCUAAGCUUGAAAGUGCACGGACAGAGUUUCAUGAUGCAUCAGAUUCGUAAGAUGGUCGGCAUGGCUGCCCUGAUCGUCAGAUGUGGCUGUGAUCCAGUUCGAAUCACCGAGUCAUAUGGACCUGGAAACUUUUCCAUUCCAAAAGCACCUUCUUUAGGCCUGCUCCUCGAACGACCUAUUUUCGACUCCUACAAUAAACGCGCAAAAGCCGAUUUGCAGAAGGAGCCGAUCGAUUUCGACAAGUACAAGACUGAGAUGGACGCGUUUAAGCAGAAAUUCAUUUACGAAAGAAUGUAUGAAGAUGAGGAGAGGGAGAAUGUGUUUGGAAACUUUUUCAACCAUGUUGAUAAUUUCCCGAGUAAUACGUUUCUGUUCGUGACGAGUGGUGGAUUGGAGGCGAGUGGUGAGAUUGAUGGGCCAGAUACCGGUGCUGCACCUGUUUUGGCCGCACCUGAGGAGGACGAUGAUGAGGACGACGCGGUGGGACAUACGGUCAACAUGGCUGAUCUAGAUUCGGAUGAUGAGUUGGACAAGUUGAAGGACAAUGCUGGUGACGAAGGAUGA